CAGUGUCAAUUUUUGUUGUGUGAAGAGUGAUUGUGUUUCGGCUCGAAGUUUUUCUAAUAAAUCGAAUGUCAGCAGAAUUUUAUUAUAAAAUCUCAUCCUUCAAUUAGCCACUAAAAUGUGGGCGUUCUUAGCCAAGAAUAAGAAUGAUAUCAUUUACUUGUCGCUGUUACUAUUCAGUGUUGCAGUAGGGCCAUUUUAUAGGUCAUUGGGUACAGUGCAAGCUAAGAAAUGGAGUGGAACUUUGCUUGGUUUAUUGCUCAUUGUUAUCGUGUCUGGAUACAGCGCAAUCCAUCCCAUAUUGUCGGCGACAUUAGGAAUAUUGGUUAUAAAAGCUACAACAGUCAGAUAUUGCCAUAUAGCUACAUUUUUCCUUAUGUUCGGCUAUUUAUUCUUCUUUCGACUGGCUGAUAAGUUUGGAUUGCCAUUAUCUUCGGGUCAAACGAAUCUCAUACAGAUGAUUAUUGUCCUACGAGUGGUGGGAGUUGCGUUUGAAAUAAAUGGAUCUUGGCUAGCGAUGACUAAGAAAAAGAAAGAAGAGAAAGACGUCCCACCAGAAUCCGUGGUAAUAAAAGAAAAAGACGAUGACUUUGUUGAGUUUAUCAACCCUAAUCUGAUUGAUCUUUUCCAUUAUUCAUUUAAUUAUGUGGGUCUGCUUACAGGUCCAUAUUACAGAUACAGAACUUUCAAUGACUACUUCUAUCUGCCAUUCAGCAAAUAUUGCGAUUGCACCGGUUUUACAAUCAACACAUUGAAAACUGUACCGUUGUAUGUUUCUUUGUACUUGGGACUUUCAAACCUUUGGCCUUUGGAGUACAUAUUAACUGAAGAGCAUAACAAUAGGAACUUCAUAUAUAGAAUGCUCUACCCAUGGGUGUUGUUUGCAGCAUUCCGUCAACGCAUUUACUCUGGCAUGACGUUAGCUGAAAGUGUAUGCACUUCAGCUGGUUUCGGAGCUUAUCCAGUAGAAGGUCGCAAUAGAACUGGCCAUGGGCCAACUGUUGGCUAUUUGAAGUUGAAGCAAAUGUCUGAGGAAAAAGCAAAACAUGCUCAAUAUGAUUUCAAUACAGUAGAAUCAAUGGAAGUUUGGAAUUGUGAGACUGUAGUUACCCUCCGUGAUUCCAUGAAAGUCUGGAAUAAGGCUGUGCAAUACUGGGUGGCUGUGGUUGUCUAUAAGAGAUUCCCAAUCAAAAUAUUAAAGGUCCAUGUGGCGCUGUUUGUAUCGGUGAUUUGGCACGGAUUCCAUGCCGGGUAUUUCUUCUGCAUUUACUUCUGUCCUUUCUACCUGAUGGCGGAGGAUAUUUACUACAAACUUUACUAUAAGGAAGCCACAGGAAUGAAAAAGAAGAUCAUCGGUUUUAUUAUGUGGUUCCUGAGGACACAUUCGGAGUCCUAUCAAGCUGCUGCAUUCCUUCUUCUCACAUUCGAUCGCAUUUGGAUAUACUACUCUUCUGUUUACCACUACUGGUACGGAGUAUGGCUUGCAUUCCUAAUCUUAGGUAUAGUAUUAAAUCAAGCACAUAAAGCAAGUCGUCCUAAGAAAAACACGGGUGAAAGUGCUGCUACGGAUAAAAGUAAGGUCAAUUAAUGAAGUUAUUUAAACCAUGACAUAAAUAGAGAUAUUUUUAUACGAAUUUUGUAGAUUUAUUAGAUGAAUUAUUCUGUUAGUUAAUUUAGUAAAUAUUUUUACGGAAAAUAUUUGUUGAAAAAUUCAGUUUGGCUGCUUUUGGUUUAUUGUUUUAUUUAAAAGAGUAUAAUUUGAAAUUGAAUCUGAGAAUUAUGAAUUAAGACAAUAGUAGCUCAAAGAUACCUGUAUCAAAAUUUUAAAUGUAGGUUGAUCUAAUUCAUAAUUUAUUUAAAAUUUAAUUCACUAUUAAAAAAAUACUUAUGUUGUCUAUUUAAAAAAAAACAUACUUAUGAGAUGAUAUUACUACUAUCCAGUUCACUGUUAGAUUAUUACGUAAAGAGUAAGUUUGAGUAAGUUUAUGUAAUUUGAGUAGGUAUAAUAUAAAUAUUAUGAAAAGUACAUGUGCCAGAAUAUGAAUCUUGUUGGCAAUAAUUUGUUGAGAUUUUUAUGAACAAACACUAAUAACUGUAGUAUUUUAUCUUGGCUUAGAAUGUAGAUCAUUGUAAGAGUAAUGGGGAAUUAUGGGCUAGGGAAUUUAGAAUUAAUAAAGGGAUACCUACUUAUUUAGAAAACAAAAUGUACAGUUUUGUAAACUUUAAUGGUAACUUUACAUUCCUUAAAAUUCUGAACAAAAACAUUCAAUAUUUUACUUAUGUUUUACAAUAUCAUAACUGAGGUACCAUAACUUUGUAAGCCAUUUACUUAUUGCUCAUGUUUUCUAGUCUGUAUUAUUAAAGUUAAGAGAUUCAA